AUGGUACAGGGAGCUGCUCCAGGACAUCCACGCAUACCUGCAUGUCAGAGAUGCCAUUCAAGAAAGACAAAAUGUGAUUCUCAGGUUCCCUCGUGCCAAAAUUGUGUCAAGGCAGGAGUGGAAUGCAUGCACUACGAUAAGAUCCUCGGAAAGCCAUUGGCUAGGCGUCACAUUUGGUCGUUGGAAGAGCGCAUGAAAAUCCUUGCCGAUAAAGGACAAGUAGAGAAGCCGUCUCCCGGAACUGCUAGGCAAGAAUCUCAUGAACGGGACCUCGAUGAAGCUGGUAGGAACCGGAUUAACUCAAGAGAUUCUGUACAUGUUCUGCAACUGAGCAUUGACCAGAGCAGUGAGGUGCAGAGUGAGGAAUUGGGUCUGCUUCAUGAGGGCAGCGGGGAGAUGAGGACCGAGAUUCACCAUAACCACCGUGAAAAAAGGCGCAGGCUAUCUAAUCAAAGUAGCUGGUCCGCUUUGCCGCUGGUGGAUGAUUCUUCUACUUCUUCUUUGUCCGACGAUGAUAUGGAGGUAUCAAAUCCAAACUCAACAGAUGCCUUUUUGAUCACGACAUCAACAGGUGGCGAGAGAAUCCAUUACAAUGAAGAGUUAGCAAGCGAAAUCCGACAGUAUUCCACUUCGUUUGCAGACAGAGGAGCUAGCGAGACGUUCAUCAAGAAAGAAAAUGCGGCUAUUGCCAAACUUGGACAAGAUUUUCUCAAGGUUGCACGAAAGAACACCGUUCGAAAUCGAGUAACCGAUAUCACAGCCUACAAGACUUCCAUGUUGCUACGAUUAUCGAAAAGAUAUUUCGUUUGGAUGAAUAGUGCAUAUCCCGUGUUGCACGAAUAUGAGUUUUAUGACUUGGUAAAAAGAUGUCAAAAACAGCCCAAACAGGCGACAGUUCUAGAGUUUUUUCAAUUGAAUAUGGUCUUUGCAAUUGCUUUGGCGUCCUUAAGUCGGCCUCGUUUGACCACAUCUGAACUCGGCCAUGUUUCCAGAGCUUUCUGGAAAGCUGCCAGCAGGACGCUGAGUCGUGCCAUUGGCGAUGCUGAAGGGUUGAAAAAGCUACAGAACGUAUUGCUCCUUUUGCAAUACACAUUACUAGUUCCCAAAGCGGGCAAUUUAUGGCAGCUCUCGGGUUCUGCAAUGACUCUUGCAACCGAGAUGAGCCUCUUUGCUCAGCCAAAUCCAGCCCAAAAUUUCGAUCCAUUGACAUUGGACCUUCGUCGCAGGGCAUUCUGGACAUGUUACUGUAUAGACAGGACUCUAAGUACAACUAUGGGGCGACCUACCUCCAUCCCAGAAGAAUGGAUCACCGCCAAGAUGCCCGCAUUGGUAGAAGACAAACUAAUUAAAGCUGAUGGGAUAUAUUCAGGCCCUACGUGCUGUUUGAAGAUUGCUUUAGUGCAUCAGGUGCGUAUUUGCCGCUUGCAAUCAGAAAUACAUGGACGAUUAUAUGCACCGAUACCCACAAAGUGCUCUAAUCAAGAGGAGGAAAAGGCUUGGACAUGGCAGACCUAUGACAAGCUUCGGACUUGGCGCUCUUCCUUUUUGUAUCCUACGCCUCUUGUUACCAAAGAAUGGACAGAGCUUCAGUUUCACAUUGCAGUCGUUUUGUUAUUAAGACCCUCGCCGAACAGGCCCAAUCCUUCGAUUGAGGAAACACAUGUUGCUUUGCAUUCCGCAGGAGAGUCCAUGAAACUUAUGAAAAUAAUGCAUCGAGAUGGGUCAGCCGUCUUCGUGUGGUUGACGGUCCAAAACUUAUUUAUGUGUGGUUUGACGUUCGUCAACUCUUUGAAAAAGCUAACCAAAGAUCAAAUGAGCGAGAGCAUGUGUAUUCCAUUCGUUGAAAUAAUUUUGCAAGUCCAAGCUUGCACUUCGAUACUUGAGACUCUUUCAACUUUGGAGGCAGGGGAACAUGAAAAAAUUCGAAAUGUCUUUGAAAUAGCCUCUUCGAAUAUUCUCCAUGAACUAUCGAAGCAAGCCACUAAAUUGCAGGGUCUGAUAGCCAAAGGAGGACACUGUGCUUGGGAUCUUCUUGCCAAGUCUGACAACAUCAAUUUGCAAAGACCUACAGUAGUUGACGGUAUUGAAAUACCCAUUGAGAAUGAUGCAUCUUUUCUACAUCUUACAGAUUGUGACGAAACAACUAGUAUAUCCAUAGAUGAGACGCAUUUUUAUGAGCACGACGUCGACGCUUCCUCUAGAUCUGAUGCAGGGCACUCGCGUUUGGGAAGUAAUCCACCAGAUCCCAACCAGCAUCCUGUCAUUAUUGAGAGACAAGGGCACGCUGAGUCACUUUUUAAUGCGGCUAGUACUUCUUUGAGUCAAUUGAAUCUGCGAGGUACUUCGCUACAUAUAGCCGGCGAGACCAACCCUGAAAUGUCUGCUUUAACGGCUUUUUCAGCCAUAGCGUCAGAAGCAAAUCCUAUAUCCUCUACGGACAUACCAGAUUGGUAUGUGGGCGACUCGAGUACUGACUUAGAGAGAUGGUUUCUUUAUCCUAUAUGA